AUGAACGACCCAGCAGUCGAGAAGUUAAAAAAGCAAAUGGAUGAGCUUUUAGCAGAGAAGGCGAUGAGAGAACAGCAGUCCAUGCAGGAAUAUAUUCAGAAAACCACGCUAGAAGUUGCAGUUCAACAGACGGCUGAGGUUGUGCGGGAGGUUCAGGGUCAGGCGCAGCUUGACAUCGAGAUAGCGACUGUGAAAGCUGAGAUUAUGGCCCAAGAGAAGGCAGAAAGAUCACAGCGAGAAAAGAAGCAGAUCCAGGACCAAACGCGACUGGAGGUCGAGAGGGAAUUCGCUCUCAAGCUCGCUCAAGAAAAAGCCAUGAGAGAGGAGCUGAUCGAGACCAUCAGGGAAGAGUUCCGAGAGAAGGAGAGGAGAGCCAUGGAGCUUGAAGAGAUUAUCCAGCGAAUACGGCAUGAGGCAGAGCGAAAAGCUUACCACGUCCACUCAGCCUCCUCGAUUGGAACACCGCACCCAACCGCGAGACGCCCCCCACCUGUUUCUGUCUUCAAUAUGGAACCCAGGGCUAUCUGA